GUCUCAGUCACCUGUUUUUGCCGCGAAAAUAGUCGGAAACAGCUGAUCGACUAGUAGCUCCCCACGUGAGUCUUUUGUGGCUCGACUCCGCCCACAUCUCGAGUUGGACCAAUCAGAGUCCUCCUUUCCGGCUGGAUCCUAGGUGGAGCCGCUGACAAUUUUUCAAAUGGAGAGGGCGCUCGCUCUCGAUCUUGACCAUGAAAGAGAUUCUUCUUCCCAGUUUCACUGUACUUCCUCGACGACACGGAUUCUGUUUUCUCACUUGCUUCAUCUACCACCGACUCGAUAUUUUAGUUUUAUUAUUUCAGUGAUUUUUGUCUUUUUAUACGCUCUUUCAUACACAAACUGGAUUUGAACUCAUUCAACCAUCACAGGUUUCACCAGAGGUGUAGAAAGAACUGACUGCCCUCAACUUAUUUCACUCUGUCUGAAUUUACUGGAAAAUGUCCAGGAGAGGAUGCAGAGUGACUAACAAGAGGGAAUCGCUGCCAGGACAGAAACUACUUCCUGUCAUCCUUAACCGCAAGCGAAAAUCUGAAACUCAUGUGCAGGAUUACGAGAAUGAUGUGAGGGACAUGAGGGCAAGGCAGCCGUACCAUCAGCAACAGGCUUGGGAGGAUAAUGUAGGAUGGGAGACAUCAAGUCAGUCAUCAUCUGUCAGCAAUUCUACUUCAGACUUCCGCCGACUGGCUGUCUCGUCGCAAAUUUUAACAUCGCGACUCAGCCCUUUCCCCAAAUUCAACUGGGCAGAUCCGGAUGAGGUUUGGAAUUCUUUGUGUCGUAAGGAUCGCCUUUACAAGCGGAAUCACGACUACAUCCUUGCUCAUCCAUCUCUGCAACCAAGAAUGCGGGCCAUCCUCCUCGACUGGCUUGUUGAGGUGUGUGAAGUGUACCGGUUGCAUCGUGAGACCUACCAUCUGGCGCUGGACUUUGUCGACCGUUACCUGGCCACCCAGACCGACAUACCCAAACAGCAACUCCAGUUGAUUGGUAUCGCCGCUUUGUUUAUCGCUGCCAAGAUCGAAGAGAUUUAUCCUCCCAAGUUGAACGAGUUUGCCUACGUCACUGACGGUGCCUGUAGCGAGGCCGAGAUCAUGAUGAAGGAGCUUGUUAUCAUGAAGAGCUUAAAUUGGGAACUGUCGCCCGCCACUGCCAACUGUUGGCUGGGAAUUUACAUGCAAUUGGCCAACGCACUUGGUGACAAGGAAGAAUUGGAAUCCAAGGAGAAUAGCGGCAGCAAGAUGGAGACUAAACAGUUUUCCAGUCACACCUUUGUUCAAGCUGCCCGUCUGCUCGACCUUUCCACAAUGGACAUUCUCAGUCUUCGCUAUACGUACAGCGCCAUCGCCGCAGCCGCCGUCUACCACAUCGUGGGCGAGCGGGUGGCGCUUCAAUGCUCUGGUUAUUCUUGGGAGGAAAUUUCAUCGUGCAUCUAUUGGAUGGCACCUUUUGCACUGACUUUACGCGAGGCUGGACCUGUGGAAAUUAAGACCUUUUCGCAAAUUCCCAUCGAGGACACGCAUAACAUACAGACGCACAACAUCGACCUCAGCAUACUGGAAGCUGCUCAAAGCCGGUUAACAGAGUCUGCCGCGUCGCCACCCAGUCCAGCGCUGGGGCCUCUGGGUAUGCUGACGCCUCCGCAAAGCAAAAACAAGGGCCGGACGAGCGCUCCCCUUUCACCCGUCAACAAUAACACCACUGCCAAUGCCGUAGUACUGACACCUUCCACUCUGAACUCUGAAAGCCCUCGUUGUUCGACCAUAACAUCCGAGUGGAAUGACGAUGCUCAGUCAGCCAUUUCGUAUUCGUAAAACAAAAUUUCCUUUCUUCUUCGUUUUAAAUUCGAUCAUCAUUUCAAACGGCGUCAUUUUGCGCGCGUUAUCGUUCGUUGUUCGACACAGGACAUGGCUACAAACGUUCUUUUCAAUUCUUCUUUUUUGUUGUUGGAAGCUGGACGACCGCAAUAAGAGUGCCAUUCCUCCCCUCCCUUUUCCUUGUUUUACAAAAGAGUUUGAAGAAUUUCCAUGUCACCGGUAAUUAUUUGACAGGAUCAAUGGUUCCACAAGCUUUUUGAUAAUCUUUUUUUGUUCAGGGAAAGGCAUUAUUUUUACAAAAAACAAUUCAUCUUUUCUUAAUGAAAACCUGAUUUGAGGAUUUUACUUAAUUUCUUUCAUUUUUGGUUCAUCAGAGAAUUAACGAAGCUCGCAUGAUAGUCUAGUCCUUUCAGUUGCAAUAAUGCCUUGGGUUAGGUGGGGUUGAAGCCAUUCUCAACUUCGUAACACCGUACAGUUCACAUCUCAAGGACGUCCUUUGCAUUUGAUUUCUUUUUAUGAGCCGUUUCAUUUUUAAUUCAUUUUUCUCUUUUUUUAACGGUUUCGUUUUAAAACAACUGCCUGAGCCUAUC